UAGUGUGUUGGUAUUAUGCACAGUCUUCUGGAAGGAUGUCAAAACCGUUGCUUAUGAUUGCUAGUAACAUACGUAUACUUGAAUCAGUGAGGCAGCAGUAUAAAAAAACUCAUGACUUGUUGUCUUCUCAGUAUUCUUAUGAGCUUCUUCUGCAAUUUCUGCAUAAGUCUCAAUCUACCACUGUACUUGGUAUUAUCAAUGAGCAUAUCAACUUUCAAGUUUCUCCUGGACAGCCCAACUCAAUUUCUGAUGAUGCGGAGGCUGUUACAUUGACUGGCAGCAGCCAGGAUGCAGUCAGUCAGAUUAAUCAGAAGGAAAUACAUUGGGGGUUGCUGGAAGACUCUUUGGAAGAACGCUUGGAAAAGACUGGGGGUUUGCUUUCUGAUUCUGAAAAGGCAGAAGGAGAAACUAAAGAGUCGGAGUGGGAGGAAAAUAAGAAAAGAUCAGCAGAAGGAGGAAAGCAGGGCUCAUCAGUUAAAAAGCUGAAAAAAGACAAGGCAACGGGAGCAACAGGGAAAGCCACUCGUCCUGAGACAAACAUUGUAACUAUGGCACCAAGAGUCAAACCAGAGCUUCCUUUGCCUACAAUUUCAGUCGAGGUUGAGCAGUCUAUACUUGAUCACAGUAGAUUUUGUAACAAGAAAACAGAGACAUAUCUUUCCAUGAAAAGAAUCUGGACUUGAGGCUGGAUCUGUGCACCA